AUGCCGCCCUCCGCGAUGCCGCUGCUGCUCCUGCCGCUGCUGCUGGCGGCGCUGGCCGUGCCCGCCCCGGGCGCGGAGGCGGCGGCGGCGGGGGGCUGCGGGCCCUGCGAUCCGGCGCGGUGCCCGGCGCUGCCGGCGCGGGGCUGCCCGCUGGGCCGGGUGCGGGACGCCUGCGGCUGCUGCUGGCAGUGCGGGCGCGGCGAGGGCGAGGCGUGCGGCGGCGGCGGCGGCGCGGGGGGACGCUGCGCCCCCGGCCUCGAGUGCGUGAAGAGCCGCCAGCGCCGCAAGGCCAAGGGCGGCCCGGUUCCCGCCGCCGCCGGCCCGCCCGGCGUGUGCCUCUGCAAGAGCCGCUACCCGGUGUGCGGCAGCGACGGGCUCACCUACGGCAGCGGCUGCCAGCUCCGCGCCGCCAGCCUGCGCGCACAGAGCCGCGGCGAGCCCGCCAUCAGCCAGCGCAGCAAGGGAGCCUGCGAGCAAGGACCCUCCAUUGUGACUCCUCCUAAGGACAUCUGGAAUGUGACAGGAGCGCAAAUCUACCUGAGCUGUGAAGUCAUUGGCAUCCCAACGCCUGUCCUCAUCUGGAAUAAGAUAAUUCGAGGACAGUAUGGUGUCCAGAGGAUGGAGCUUCUGCCUGGGGACCGGGAGAACUUGGCUAUCCAGACCCGUGGGGGCCCUGAGAAACAUGAAGUGACUGGCUGGGUGCUGAUAUCUCCUCUGAGCAAAGAGGACGCUGGGGAAUACGAGUGCCAUGCAUCAAAUGCCAAAGGAGAGGCAACGGCUUCUGCGAAAAUCCACGUUGUGGAAACUCUGCAUGAAAUCGCCCUGACCAAAGAUGACGGUGCAGAGCUGUGAUGUGAGGACUUUCACUUAUGCACAGUUUUAAAUUAGUAUUUUGGAAAGCUGCAAGCUCUGGCUUUUUCUAGCUGACUAAUCAGUCCCUCUUAACUCCCUUUUUCUUUGACUCCCAAUUUGCUUGCACACUUCUUUCACAGAUACACAAAUAGUUUCACAAGUUCGAUUACAAAUUUUAAUUCUAUUUACAGGAAAUAAAACGUACUUUUGAACAGCA